AUGAAUCGUUCAAAUCAUCGUUUAUUAUUGGAUGAAAAUGUUGAAACAGAUUUAGCAUCAACAACAAAACAUCAAAAAAAAAUUAGAAAAUGGUAUAUUGAAAAACCCAAAACAAUAUGUGAAGAUGAAAAUUUUAUUGAUAAUAAUAAUAGUAGAAAAACUGAGAAGAUGGAUGAGAGUGAUGAACAACAACAACAACAUCAAGAGGAAAAUGUUUCAAAAAAAAUUGAAUAUUUAUUAAAAAAAAUUAAUGAAAAGAAUGCUGAAUUAUGGUCAACAGAUGAAAUAAAAACAAAAAAUCACAAUAUAAUAAAAAGAGAAGAUUCAAUUUCAUUAAAACCUGGUGAAGAAAAAUUACGACAAACAUUUCAGAAUGCAUUUUUAAAUAAUUCAGAAUCUCAUAAACCACGAUCAAUAUCAAAAUUGAAUUUAUUUGAAGAAAACAAAAUAUCUAGACCAUUAAUUGAUAAAUAUGAACAAAUAAAACAUCAAUUAAAAAAUUUAAAUAACAAAUCUCCAAUCUAUACUACAGUGACACAUUCAUUCAAUAUGUCUGAAAUUAAGAAUUAUAGUUCAAUAAAUUCAUUUAAUUUUCGUCGAAGACCAUCAAAACUUUCCACAUCCUCAUCAAUUAUUGAAAAAGAUGAUCAAAAUAUCAGAUAUCAAUCUGAUGAUAGUGGACGUCGGCGUUGUUGUUCGACUACAAAUGAUGAAUCUGAAUCUCAGUAUUAUGGUUACCAUAGACCCCAUUCAAUGACAUUCGAUAAUGAUAAGGUAAAAUCAAAUGUAUAUCGUCAUAUUAUACCGGUUAUACAUCAACAAUCGAUCAAAUCACCGUCAUCCACAUCAACAUCAUGUUUUGUCACAAAUUUAUUACACAAUGAUAAUUUAUAUUAUCGUAAUGAGAAACCAAUUAAUAAAGACUUAUUGAAAACAAGCAAUAAUUAUGAAGAAGAUAUGUUCAAAGAACAAAAAAUAGAACAACCGUCAUUAUCCCGUAAACCAUCAACUUCUUCAUUAAUUUCUACAUCAUUUGAUUAUAUUCGAAAAAAUUUAACUAAUCCAAAAUCAGCAACACUAUUUUCACCUGAUUCAACAUUAACAAAAUUAUCAAAUUUAAUUUCGGAUAUGAAAACAAAUAAUACGAAUAGUACACGUUCAUUUUUUAAAAGAAAAAAUUCAUUAACAUUGCCAGUAUUAAUUAAUUUAAAUGAUGAUGAUAUGAAUAGAAAAUCAUUGGAUCGACAACGAUCAAUGAGAGCAUAUAGUACAGAGAAAGAAAUGAAUAACAAUCUUGUUCAAAUAUCAUCAAAAUAUGGGUCAGAUUUUUUUUUCCCAAAUACUCAACAUGAAUAUGAUAAUAUUAAUUAUAAUCAAACAACAUCAUCAUCAUUUUGUACAUGUGGUAAACCAUUAUCAUUAACUGAUAAAGCUUGUCAAUAUCCAUCUUGUGAUGAAGAUGAAGUAAAUGAAAAAGAAAUUAAUAAUAAAUUUUAUCGUUCAAAUGUUUCAUUUUUAUAUCGAUCACCACCUUCAACUCCACCUUUACUUCAUCUACCACCAUCUGCUCAAGAUUUAUUAUUCCAUAGUUGUUCUUCUACAUCCUCAUCAUCUGAUACAUCAAUUUUAAAUACUUUUUAUCAUCGUUCAAAAUCAGUACCAUCGAGUGCAUCAUCAUCAUACGAUCAAAGUGGAAGUUUUGAUAAUACAUUAUUAUUUAAUAGUAAAAAAAAUGAAAAUCGUACACGUUCAAAAACUGUUACACCAUUGAUAAUACCUUCUACUUCGACUAUGGCAAUAGCGUCAAAAAGUAUCGAUCCAAUAGCGAUUAAACGACCUGAUGAGAUCGAAAUAAUUCCAAAAGUCGAUUGUAUACUAGCAGAGAAUGAAAAUAAUGUUAAUGAGUCGAAUAAUGGUACAUCGAUACCACCAUCUAGUUCUGUAACGACUACAGCAUUAUUAAAAUCGAUAAAAACGUCAAUAGAUGCAAUGAAAAAACGUUUAAGAUAUAUCAGAAGAUUUUCAGAGGUGAGAAUUUUGUAUUAA